AGUGGUUUGGACCUUUGAUAAAAGGCGUCCCUCCAAAUUACUAAACCGUCCUAUGCUAAUCUGUCAACUCAUUGGUAAACCUCCAGGAUCAGCUCUUCAGAUUCUGAAGUUGUAUAUAAGGAGCACCUUUUUCUUCUACGUAGCCGUAUAUGAUGGCGCUGACUUCAUUCGCUGUUGCCUUUGUAUUAUUGGGACUUGCCUUGGGGGACGAUCGCGAAUGUGUCACUUCCACCGCCGCUAACGGACACCACGGCCACUGCGUCACUGUGGAGUCCUGUCCCUACGCUUACUACGUCAGCGGCAAGUGUCCGUCCUACGGCUAUGAUGUCAAGUGCUGCUACAGCUGCCAUUACGGAGGGUGCCAGACCGAAUCAUCAGCAGGUAGUGUACCCGGGACCGAGUCGGGAGAGGGUACUGAAAACUCUACCUCCCUCUACGCUGACGUCCGCGCUGCCUGGCUGAGCCGAUACGACUACCCCAGCACACAGGCUGAACUGGCGCAGUGGUUCGCACAACUUAAGGCGAAGGGCAUCAACCGGGUCUAUCCCAACGUGUGGGGCAACGGCCAGAUCUACUUCCACUCCCAGACCUUCUCGUCGCUGGGGAUCCGCGGGUUUGUACAGGACGUGCUGAGAUGGGCUGUAGAGGAGGGGCAGAAGGCAGGGAUAGAGGUCUGGGCAUGGUUUGAGUAUGGUCUCAUGGCCAGCUGGAGUUCCAGUCCCACUGUCCCCGCCUUCUCCACCGCCGCGUACAACAGGGGCUGGAUGAAGGGAGAGGCAAAUGGCUACUGGUGGAUGGACGCAGGGAACACUGAGGUCCUGGACUUCCUUGCCGGAAUGAUGCAGGACGCGCUCGACAACUACCCCGGGCUGGCUGGAGUCCAGCUGGACGACCAUUUUGCUCAACCCUCGCAGCUUGGAACAGACCUGGUGUUAACAAUGACAAACGCAGCAAGGCGCAUCCUCGGCCAGGUGUCGGGCAGGGUGUCGUUCUCACCGAUCGUCCCUACCAGCCUGUCCGUCAACGGUUACAACGUAGACUGGGUGUCCUGGGUAAAGGAGGACAUCGGCUUUCAUGAAUACGUCCCUCAGAUUUACCGUGACAACGCCCCAGCCUUUAAUUUGGAACUGGAUCGCGUCAUGUUGGAGGUUGGGAAGACCAAGCUGGUGAUCGGGCUCCGGUGUAACGGCUCGGGAGCUCCCACGGCGUAUUCUGAACUCAGUCAGAUGCUGGGCCGCUGUGAGACCGAGGGGGUCGGGUACAGUAUCUGGUACUCCCAGUGUUUCACCCAGCUCUACACGGACCUCAUGUUGGGGUAGGUAAACCACGUGCAGAAAUAAAUACCACAAAGUUUGAAGAGACAGAAAUAAAACAAGCAAAACAG